AUGCCCCAAACAUUAGUCCUCAUCACCGGUGCCAACCAAGGCCUUGGCUAUUCCACAGCAGAGCAACUCGCCAAAACAGGCAAAUAUCAUAUUCUGCUUGGCGCGCGAACCAAAUCAAAGGCAGAAUCCGCGAUCCAACGACUGGCAUCGGAUCCCACGAUCGACAGUUCAACAUUGACACCCUUGGUCAUCGAUGCUAAUGACGAUACCUCCAUUACCGCAGCGGCGAAGUCUGUCUCUGACCAGUUCGGGAGUCUCGACAUCUUGAUCAACAAUGCUGCCAUUUCUAAACCCCAAGAUCCCAACUUGAGUCUUCGUGACAACUUCCGCGCCGUCUUCGAGACCAAUGUCUUCGGCGUCGCUGUUAUUGUCGACACUUUUCUGCCGCUCCUGAGGGCUUCUAAGUAUCAUGACCGCCGUAUUGUUAAUGUGACCACAGGCUUGGCUCAGAUGAGUGUCGCUUACUCUCCGACAUCCGAGUACGGUGCACGGCGUACGCCUCUGCCCGUGUAUCGGAGUAGUAAGGCAGCUCUGAAUAUGCUUACGGCCGUGGAGGGUGUAACCUUGGAGAAGGAGAAUAUCCUGGUCGUUUCCACGUCACCAGGAUAUUGUCGGACGAAUUUCACGGGCGGUCAUGGUGUCAAGGAUGCAAGCCAGGGUGCUAUGAAUAUCGUUCGUGCUGCUACCGAGGGAGAUCCGAAGACCUUGCUUGGUACAAUUGUUGCGGAGGAAUACCGCGUGGAGGAUAUUGGCUGGUAG